UGACAGACUGCCGAGUGCAUACGCGCCGUGGAGCAGAGGGAAGAUGGCGGAGAGGAUUGUCGAUCUUGAGCAAGAAUGGAACGAACGGGGCCUGGACACGGCCGAAGACACGCUGGUUGCGAUGGAAACCCUUUUGGCCACACUGAGGGCUUUCGAAGACGGCCUCAGGCAACAGGAAUUAUCUGUGGCGUCGUCCGCGGACUACUGUGACAACUUUUGUCAGGCACUUAUGCAUUAUGCCGGCAGCAGAAACUCCAUAGACCACGGUCUUCCGCUUCUCGAAGUCUACUGCCUGUCGAUAAACUGUUUCGCCGCCGCCCGAUCACACCUCACCGCAGAGUCGGACAAAGUGACUCUUGUUUUGAAGAGACUCGCUCUAAGCUGUUUUGAACUAUUUCUGUCAGUUCCCGAAAAUGAGAUCCCCUAUGAAGCAUGGGUUCAAUUCCACCAAUCUGUUCAGACUGCACAUGACACCUUGUUACAGUACGGGAGUACAGACCUUCAAGCUUUAUUACAGAUUACAGGCGAGGGAGGUGCAUGGAGCAAUCCCAUUCUCGCCGCCCUCCUCUCUGGAGAGCCUAUCAUCAAACAAGAAGUGGACGCAUACAUUUGCUUGGAGGGUGAGGGCUUCAUGGAAAUGCGGGUGAAGCAUCUGGAGAAGAUGGGCGAGGUGGCCAAGGCUGUGGUGCUGGCAAAAGCGUGCACAGACUGCAGCGCCAUCCCCAACCAAGCUACUUUUCGUCACACCUACGUCGCCCUGCUUUGCCAGCUACUUCCCAACGCGGAAGCUAUCAUGGAGAUAUCCAGGCAAGACUGCAAGGAUGUUCUUGAGAUUACUACCAACUUGGAGAUGGAGGGGGAGGAGAAUGCUGGCUUUAUCCUGUGCACAACCUUCCUGACGCAGCAGCUUCAGCAGCCCAGCCUUGACCACUCCUGGGAGCUGAUUCAACUGUGGAGUAAACUUCAGAGGAAGCUGGACCCCUCACUUGUAUCUCUUCUUGAAAGGUGCCUUCAGCUGGGCGCCAUCGCCAUAACAGUGCAACAUUUGCUGUACUUGGCCCGUUUAAUUCAGACAGAGGCAGAGGCAGCGGGCACCGCUGCCUCGGUGGAGUUGUGCGUUAAAGCUCUACAACUUCCAAAACACGAUGACUCGGAAAGCAGAAUCGGCAUCUGUAAAGUUCUGUCUGGCCUCCUCCUCAAUGAUCUGGAAGUGCGGCGGGCCUGCCACCUUACAGAGUUUCUGCUUGGCCCCAGUCAACGGGUAUUAACUAGCCUCCAGGAGCUCUACCAGUGCCCAGACCAAAAAUAUGAGCAGGAGAGCAGUAUCAUUCCCAACUCGCUACGCUGUGAACUGCUACUGGUGCUGAAGGCCCACUGGUCCAUUGACCCGGAAUUCUGGGACUGGAAAGCCCUCAAGUAUCACUGUAUCUCCCUUUUGGGGUUGAAACCCGAGUCAGAAUGGGAAGCCGACGAGGAAAAAAGUGAGAAAGUACCCGUGCUUCGGGUCAACACGCCGACAGAAGAAAGUGAGCCCAAACCCUGCUUAAACGGAAGUCUUCAUCUUCACACGCAGCCUGACGGAACGCCUCCUCGCAUUAUUGGCGGCGAAGCAGGAGCGAGAAGAGCCAAGCUGUGUUGUCGGAUUUGUACACUGUCCUUCACUGGCAUUCAAAUCCUCCACCAUGCCAAAAGACACAUUGUGAACAACGUGCACCCCUGCCCCAUCUGCCUGCAGAAUUUUCGGAGCAGGAAGGAGCUGCUACCCCACAUGAGACAUCACCUCCAACGGGAGACGCUAAGCAACAACGUCAAGAUUCAAGACGAUGAGAUGGAACCCGGCGAGAUCACCAUUGACCCAUCUUUAAUUCUAUAUUACAAAUCCACCCGUGAUCCCGGAGUCCUGCAGCACAUUGUGCAACAGGCCAAAACGGUCCCGAAGAAGUGCACGGACAACGAGCACGUGACGUUCGAUUACAUGUACCAGCACUUCAGUCUGCAGAACCGAGAGGAGUAUUUCUGUCCCGGAACCGGGUGUUCUCGGGUUUUCAAACACUCCAAGUACUUGUACGUGCAUUUCAAGUCGGAACACAAAGGCGAUGAGAACGUGAAGCAUUUUCAUCAGAUGCGAGAGCAACGGGAGAAGUGCGCUUUCUGCCGCCGCCACUUUGUCUCCGCUUACCAUCACCACAAACAUCGGAAAGUUCACUACUGCGAGCAACCGUACAUGUGCGUGGCGAUGGGCUGCGGUGCUCGCUUCGGUUCUUCCAAUGAGCUCGUGUUGCAUAAACAGAUCCACGGCUAUCAGAUAAGGUACCAGUGUGAGCUUGAAGGCUGCGACGUGAAUUACUCCGACCUGGGGCAACUUUAUCACCACGAGGCGCAGCAUUUCAGGGAUGCUGCAUUCACCUGCCCUGGCGCCAUAUGUAAAAAAUUUUACUUUUCCAAAAGGGAAUUCAUAGCGCAUCUAUCGACGCACAACCUUACGUUCUCCGAAGAGGACUUUGAGGAUCAGAGGAUAGCGAAAGAGACCCUUUUCAAGGCUGAUUUGGAAAGGGCGGCCCAUGUUAGCAGUCCAAAUGAUGCGGAAGUAGGUGUUGUCGGAGAUAACCAGAACAGUUCCUCGGAAAGUCGUUCCGCCUCCUGCUGUCAACCAUCCGGCAACGUUAAACCCAAAGCAUUGCUGACUUUGGUGGCUGUGUGUUUCGACGGAUGCAAGUUCACCUGCGGCUUCGAGAAGUGCGGUAUGACUUUCUCCCGAGCGAGAGAUGUCCAGAGACACCUUAAACACGCCCACCCUGAACACCUUAAACUGGAGUUCAAAGAGCACAAACAUGACAAGGAGCAGGGUCCAAAGUCCAAAAAGAUCAAGACCGAAAUGGAGUCGGACAAUGAUGAAGGCGAAUACCAACUCUUGGAUCCGUGCUCACCUGAAGAAGAUGGCCCUGAAUGGGAGACCUCUACCGCUUCUCCAACUUGUACCAAAAACGACGUCCUUAAAGAAAUCCUCAUGAGGCUAAGUCGGCUGGAUCUGAAUUCCCUCAAGUCCCCACAAAGUCAGCCGCCUCAGUGCGUCCAAAAUCAUCACGACGUCACGGAAAACCGACCCGAGGUUUUGCUUUCGAAACCAUCGUCCCCGCUGCCUAAAAGGAAUCUCACAGCAAGAGCCGUCCAAUCGCUUGCGACGACUAAACCCUACGUUUGCGCCGUAGUAAAGUGUGCCUUUAGGACGGCACAGGUUGAUAACUUGAGCCGCCACUACAACAACGUGCACGGCUACCCGACCAAAGAGGCCGAACAGAUGGCUCAUUUUAACGCCGCCCCGCCGGUUCCGCCUCAAAGAAAUCCAACCGAAGAAAAAGUCGUCCAAAUACUCGCCAACGCCAAACCCUACACUUGCCAGAUAGCCAAGUGUCACUUUAGGACCGCACGAACCUACAGUCUGAUGCGCCACUACGUGAAACUACACAACCGCUCGCACGAAGAAGCCAAACAGAUGUGUGUCACGGACCGGUCGUAUAAACCCUUCGAGUGUCAUCUGUGCUCGCAAACUCACAGAGAGAUUAAAGGCUUGAGGAACCAUUAUAUUCAGAUGCAUGGCGUCUCUGCCAGUUUGGUGGAAAGAUUUAGUUUCCGAUCGACGCGACCUACCAGCCCCACAUUACAGAACUUGAACCCGACAGUGAAAAUGGAAGCACCCAGUUGGGAACAGGAAGUGAGAAAAAGCGAGAAUAGACCAAACCGAACAAGUUGUUCUUCAGCUCCGGCUGGAAAUGAAGCUCAAGAGGAUGAAAGUGAGCACAAGGGAGACGUUGAGGCCGAGGUGACUCCCCAGGUCAGAACGAAACGCUUGGUGACGAAAAGUAAUCUCUGCUACAUUCUAGAUAAAUUCAACAAACCAUUCCAUUGCGUGGCCAAAAACUGCGCCGCCGCCUUUUCCACCCAGGUAGGCCUUGUGCGCCAUCUUCAGUUCACACACCAUUACAAACGCUCUCAGCUCCUGCUGGAAAAAGAAGUGCAGCAGGAUCCCGAAGUCAAAAAGGAAAAUGUGCGGAAAAGGCCUUACCCGAGCUCCGACGAACCCAAGCCCCAGUUUAAAUGUCAGUUUGUCAACUGCAACGCUUCCUACCAUCUCAAGAGCAGCCUGGCGCGGCACACCCGCAUUGUGCAUUCACAGAUGCCGGGACUCAUCCGGUGCAAGUUUGAGGGUUGCACCAAAGUAUUCACCCACAACGAGGCGCUGAAAAAACACACGUUGUUUCGACACUGCGAGUACUACGACUCGCUGGUAGUACGGCUCCAGAGCACUCGAAAGAAGUCCGUUACCGGAUGCCAAAAGAAGCUGAUAGUAACACCCACCAACCCCGCGUCGCCGGAACCGAAACAACCCGCCCAGUCGGACGAGGAAGACCACGUGACCGAAGACGGGGAGAAGUCUGCGGUGGAAGCGGAACGGAGUUAUGUUGUCCGAUCACACGAAGAAGCUUUACAAAUGUGUCAAGACCGUUUUUUACCCGUCACCUACCCCUGCAUGAUUCAAGACUGCGACUCGGUCCUCAAGUACUCGCGCGGCUUGAGCCGCCACUACAAAAAGGUUCACCACAUGCCGAAUGCGUAUAUUCGGAAUAAUACCGACACGCUCUUUUACAACGCGGAGCAGCUGGAGGAAUCGAUUCAGAAGAAAUCGGCUCGGCCAACCGUAGUGAGAAAAGAGAACCCAAACGGAGUUUGUAAAAUGGAGUAUCAGCCGGAGACCUCACAGGGACAGGAUGCUCAGGUAAAACUGCACUCGGUCACAGCAGAAACCCAAAUGGAGACUCUUUCCGAUCCCCCGAGAUUGCCAGUGGAGGAAGUGCUGCCGCCCGCAGAGAAAAACGGACCACUUUCCGAUCCUCUGCGAUUCCCAGCGGAGGAAGUGCUGCCGCCCGCAGAGAUAAACAGACCUCUUUCCGAUCCUCUGAGAUUCCCAGCGGAGGAAGUGCUGCCGCCCGCAGAGAAAAACGGACCACUUUCCGAUCCUCUGCGAUUCCCAGCGGAGGAAGUGCUGCCGCCCGCAGAGAUAAACGGACCUCUUUCCGAUCCUCUGAGAUUCCCAGAGGAGGAAGUGCUUCCGCCCGCAGAGAGAAACGGACCUCUUUCCGAUCCUCUGAGAUUCCCAGUGGAGGAAGUGUUGCCGCCCGCAGAGAGAAACGGGGUCCUUGUCGGCGCCGACGACGUGCUGUACGGAGAACCGAGUACCGCCACUCACGCCGAGGAUUCUGUUGUGCCGAACGGUCACAAAAAGGUGGAAGAAUUACUCAACUUGGAACAGAUCAAACCACUCCUUCGUCCUUUUACUAUCAAUCUGUCGCCACCGUGUUGUGUGCUGUUGACUACAGAGGAGGGACUUCAAGACACAGCCAAAGAUGGCAAAAUAUCCGAAAAGUCAGCUCCGCCUCCAGUACGGCAGCCUCUCAAGCGAAAGAAUGAGCUCUCCGUGCAGCCAUCAAACGUGAUUGACCCUCAGCCUCUUGGCUCCCCUCCACACUCUUUUGACAUUGCCACAUACAAGCCAGUUGGCUUUGAGGCAUCCUUCCUCAAGUUCAUCCAAGAAACCGCACCAAAAGACAAAAAGACUCUAAUCUGUAAAAGGCGAGAGUCCUUCCGGCGCAGUUGCUCGGUCAAAGAAAACAAGCAACUGGGAAUCACGUACACCCGAAGCAGGCGCAGUCAUGCCGCGCUUCACAAAUGCCGCGGUAUGACUGGGGACUUCCCAUCUGUCCGAAACUUGAAGUCCAUCUUGGACAAAGCCCUUGCUGGGUGCGGGGACCUGGCCAUCAAGCAGCUUCAGUACCUCAGACCUGUGGUGGUCCUGGGGAAGCCCGUUUGUAUGGCCAGCCUGCCUCACCUCUUCCCAACAGACUCCAACAACAGUAAACUGCUUCUGGGAAGCAAAGUUUAGCAUCGCACCAUUUUUUUUUAAAUGAAAAUGAAUUUUUGUUAAAUGCAAUUGUUAUAAUUUUCUUAAAUUGGUGAUGCUAUGUUUUUGUUGCUUAUUUUGCCAAACGGAAGACUUGCCAGAUCAUCAGCAUAAAAUUCAAGCUAUGUCUCGUCCACCAAAUCUCAUUUUUUAAUGCACAUACAUAAGUGCUUCAAGAUCUAUGGACAUUUUUACAGACUGUUGGAAAUAUUGGCAAGAGGCUUUUACUUGAGUUAGUAAUGUACAUUCUACAAAAGUCUAAAAGAGUGACUGAUUAGCACUUCUAACUUCAUAUGAAAUGUGUGACAUUUUGCAGUGUUGGAAGAUGAAACACCUGUGUAAAUUUCUAAUAAAUGUAAAGAUGAA